UCAGAAAUAUAUGGCAUGUAACCGCUGCAGCCAAUCACUGGCUUCAGAGGUAUAUAGCACGAGACUGCUGAAACCAGUGAUUGACUGCACCAGUCACGUGCGGUAUACGGGCAUGUCACCAAUUCAGUCAGGAGAACAAAGCCUGGUGAGAAAGACAGAAAAGGGACAAUGGAACAGGGGAGGUGGAAUGGCAUCGAGGAAGGUUUUGAGUUGACCAUGAAGUUUCCAUUCAACCCAAAAUUAGGGAUUGAUAAUCCUGCUUUGUGUCUCGGAGAAGAUCCAGGGACAAAUCCAGAGCCGGAAGCUCGAGCAUGUGUGCUGAGAAAAGACGCUAACGACACAUUUGGAUUCCAUUUGCGGAUGGAGGUAGAUCGAGAUGGCCAUAUUAUACGUCAAGUUGUUCCCGGAGGACCAGCUUAUCUUGCAGGACUAAGAAAUGGAGACCAAUUGUUGCAGAUCAACGGGGAAUACGUGCAUGAGCAGGAGCACAUCAAGGUGGUUCAGAAGGUAAAAGCGAGCGGCUCCCGCUUGUCACUAACCGUUCUUGAUGAAGCCGGCUAUGAGAAGUUACGUGCUGAUAAAACGUCACCAGUAUCCUUCCUGACUAAUUACAUCCCGGAGUCAUGCCCCAGGCCAAAACUCUGCCUCGUCCGGAACGAGGGGAAAGGCUUUGGGUUCACCGCCAGCGCCACGGGUGGUGUCCGCGGCACGUUUCAGCUCACGGUUGACGAUGGAGGAGCUGCACACAAAGCUGGUGUUCCUCAAGGAGCUCGACUUCUUGAUGUUAAUGGAGAAAGUACUGUGAGCUUCACAAUGAGCCAGCUGUCUAAAAAGUUACAACAAAGCGGCUCUCGCGUAGUCCUACUAGUUCUGGAAUCAUCUGCAUGGGCCGAGUAUGAAUCUCGAGGGGUAACACCAAGCAUAGUGCUUGCUGAUACAUCUUCCUUACCCUACAAACCACGAAAGCUUCACUUGGUGCGAUGUCCACAGGGAUAUGGUUUUCUUUUAAGGCAAGAGAAAUGUUCAGGAGGACAUGGGCAGUUUCUGCGGGAGCUGGACCCAGGACUGCCAGCAGAAGUUGCAGGAAUGCGUGAAGGAGACCGUCUAUUAGGAGUGAACGGACAGAGCGUGGAGGGGCUGGAGCACGAGGAUAUUGUCAGCCUGAUUCAGGAAAGUGGAAAAAAAGUCACCCUGCUUGUCAUCAGCAACGAGGGAGACCGAUUUUACAAUGAGAUCGGAGCUUCACCGCUGCUUUUUUAUGAAGAGAAGAAUGGAGACAAAGUUUCUGAAGUGGAUACAUUAAUACAGAGAGGAUCACCCUCCCCCAGUGCCACACAGGUGGACGAUACAAUAUCACAUGCACAGACAGAGAGAGAAAGUAAAGCAGCACAGAGCAGUGAGGAAUAAUCGGAGGAUUUAUAUGGAGGACACUGAGCUUCUUCUUCUUGGAUAAUGACCUUCCCGUCCUCUGUGGUCCGCUUCUUCUGCUCCAUUAUGAAAUGAGCCCAGUGUUUGUACAGCAGGACCCUGCACUUUAUAUCACAUGAUCCAAAUCUAUACCGCAGCAUACCUACUUCCCCACUUUAUAAUAUUCUUUCUUAUAAUUUUUAUAAAAAAGUAAAAACACUAAAUGUAAUUUUUAAGCAUCUCAUUACCUGUGCACAUUAUUAUAUUAUAUAUCUUGCUUUUGUGCAUACAAUUUGUGUUACAGCUUAGGAAUUACAAGCUGUACUUCAAGAUGAUCACAAUGGGGCAGAUUUACACAUUCUGUUACAGUAAGACAGUGUAAAUUUAAAGGGGUGCUUCAGGCAGAUGCCCCAGCGUGGCCGGACCUGCGGAGAGAAUCAUACUUACCUGUACUACUGCUCCAGGUCUCUGGUCUCCCCAAGUGAGCAUCAGGGUUGACGCUGGUCAUGUGGCCAUUGCAGCCAAAGUCUGGCCACAGCGGUGACGUGUCCCUUAUGUGUCAAGUCACCACUGCAGUCAGUCAUUGGCUGCCGCGGCCAUGUGACCCGCAUCAAAUUAGAUGUUGACAAGGGGAGACUGGCGAUUUGCAGCAGCCGUGGGGGAGCAAAGGAGCCGGAACCCAGCAACAGGGAUCAGGUAAGUAUGAUCAGGUCUGGCCAUGCUGGGGGGUCUUCCCAAAAGACCCCAGAGGGUGAACUAUCCCUUUAAUAAAUAAAUAAAAAAUCACAUUAAGGGGAGUGAAUAGAACACUUACGUGGUGACCUCAGUUUCAUCUUAUUAGCUGCAGAUCCAUCAAUACCUGGGUUCCAAGAUGGCCACAUUGCUUCUCAGACUGCCUAAUGCACACCGUACAUUUAUUAGCCCAAAACACUCCCUACUAGCUUUGGAUUGGCCAGAAUUGCUCACGUGAACGGUGCUGGCCAAUCCAAGAGCAGGGUGCACCAAUCUGAGAAGCCAUCCAUCAUGGAAGACAGAAGUGGUGCCAGAGAAGGAGCAGAUCUGCAACUCAAAGAUGAAGAGGAAGACACCAGGUAAGUGUUCUAUUCCUUCCCAGGUAAUGUGGGGUCACUUUAAGGCUCCGUCACACAGGCCGAUGCACAGGCAAUUAUCCUGAAUGAUCUGAAUGUUCCUGAUAACUGUCUGCUCAUCAACUCCACUGAAUGGGGCUCAUGUUCGUCAUACUCGUACUCCUCAUACUCGCCUGCUCUGUUCCGCCAUCUUCCACUUCACAGCCUGUAACCUUUUGCACGGAGUCACGUACACCCCUGCAACCAAACUGGUUUCAGCGGUGGGGAGCAGAUGAGUAUGAUUUUUUUCAUUAGGUACAAGUAAAUAAGUCUGGAUUGCCCCUUGAAAGAAAAUUCUAGGGGAUAAUAUUCUUUACUACAUCACCCAUCAUUGCCCUAUGAAGCUCCAUAUGUUAUCUUACACCGUUUAAUUUUGUGAGGGCUAACAGUAAUGUUAAGAACAAUGGAUCCACUCCAGUUCUUUAGGUGAUGGACUUUUUGUGCUUUCUUGGAAUAAUUAAAGAUUAAUUUUAGUGUUUCUUGAUAUUUGUUAUUCCAUAAAAGUCGAUUUAACAAUUAAGAAAAUCCAAUACAAUGCCAUGCACACAACUGUUAAUAAAGAGUCCAUAUCAGUGUGAA